AGAGAUAGAAGGAUUUAAGCAAAAUGGGAGGUUGUUGUUCAGCUCAGCUGAAAUGUUGGUGUGGACCAGCUUCUUGUGGGCUCUGUUGUCGAAAAUGUCCCCCAGUCACGGAAUCGACAGGAACACGCAUAAUGUAUUCUAUUUAUCUGGUUACGGGAUUUAUCAUCGCCUGCCUUAUGCUAUCCCCACAAAUCAAGAACUUAGUCAUUGAUAACGUACCAGAGUUCAAUGAGACAUGUAUUGACCUAAAUCUGGGAGAGAAUUGUGAGAUACUGACCGGGUACAAGGCUGUGUACCGAUUAUGUAUGGGUAUGGUGGCUUUCAGCUUCAUCCUCAUGGUCCUGACUCUGUGUACUCGUAGCAGUGACCAAUGGGCAGGCAUCAUCCACAAUGGGUUUUGGCUGCUGAAACUGCUUCUGUUGAUUGGCUGCUGUGUUGGUUCAUUCUUUGUUCCAUACCAAUACAGUAAAUAUUGGCUGUAUGUAGGAAUGGUGGGUGGUUUCAUCUUCAUCCUGUUCCAACUAAUCCUUCUUGUCGACUUCACACAUUCCUGGAACGCAAAGUGGCUGAAUGUGAAGGGAGGGAAGAGAAGUACCUGUGGUUAUGUUGGUACCUUGAUGUGUGCAACAAUUUUCUACAUGAUGACUGUGGUGGGCUUGUUCAUGCUUUACUUUAAUUACACAAGUCUCAAGGGUUGUGUGCACAACAAAGUCUUUAUUGGAGUCAAUGCUGGUCUCUGCAUAGUGCUAUCUAUACUAACCCUGCUACCAGGCAUCAACAAGUUCAAUCCUAACACAGGAACUUUACAGUCCUCUGUCAUCAGUCUCUAUGUGGUUUACCUCACCUGGUCAGCCCUGACCAGCGAACCACCAGAGGAAAUACAUAUACUGGAGACAGUAAGAACCUUGAUCCUGGCCAGUAUGACGUCAGCAGAUCAGAGCCACCUCCUGACCACGCCUGAACCUCACUUGAGGAUGGAGUAUGUGGCUGACCCAAGCGAGAGUUUCCAUCUGAUGGCCAACACCACUAAACAAAUGUGUCGGCCUAAGCCAGCCUUCCAGGAUAUGGAUAUGAUAUCCGCAUAUGCUGGGUUAUUUCUCAUGUUUACUAUGGCUAUAUACUCCAGCCUUGCCACAUCAGCUGGCUCUCACAAGUUGGGUGUGCCUCGACAAGCAGACCAGGAUGUAAAGCAUUAUGAAUGCUGUUGCUGCUGUCCUGUAAAGCCAAGGAAAAACCCAACAGAUCAUGGUGGUCAGAAGGUCAAAUACAAUGAGUCAGAGGGUACCAAGUACAAUUACGCCUUCUUCCAUUUUAUAUUCUGUCUAGCCAGUCUUUACAUCAUGAUGCAGCUCACUAACUGGUACAGACCAGCAGAGUCUAACUUGGAUAUGUUUGGCCUGAACUGGGCUGCUGUGUGGGUGAAGAUGACCUCAAGUUGGGUAUGCGUAGUGCUGUACAUCUGGUCACUUUUCCUACCAAAGCUUUGUCGAGGUCGCGACCUCACCUUCAUUAGGCAUCCUCAGCCUGAUGAACAGCUGGACGAGAUCGACCAGGAAGAAUUAGACAAUCUGAAUGGACCUAUCAACCCAGAAGCUGUUGUUACUUCAAGAGAAUCUGUUGUUUAGUGGUACAGAGCUGACAUCACUCAUCAGUAACAUCGGUAUCAUGAUCCAUGUUUUAAUCAAAGUCAUAAGUUCACUUUGAUCUUUUGUAAAUGACAACACUUGUAGUGAGAUUCUCUGAAAUUCAUGGUCACUGAAUCUCUUUCCAAGGAUUUGAAAGUGAUUUUAGUGGGGCAGCAUGGUCUUUAUUUAAAGUGAGAUAGAGGUAAUGUAGAAAAGAUGAAGGAGUCAGUCCUUUGAUGCCAAUAAAGAAGUUGGUAUAUAGCACAGACUGUUUGAAGUGGACACCACUGCAGCUUCUAUGUAAGGCCAUAUAUGAUAUAAAGAUCGACAUAGAUGUCAUUCAGCAUUGAUCGUAAAGGCGUAAAUUUAAUGGCAACUGUUCUAGUGUCAAAAAGGCGAGGUCUGAUGAUGGUUGUCACUCAGCAUUGUU